UCUUAAAAUAGCUGCCCCUGGUGAUUCUACCAUGGAUACCAAUAAUGGAACCCUAGGUAGCCCCAUGCAAUUGCAGUGUAAUGCUGCAAGUUCUGCAGAAGAUAUUAAGAAGUUGUUGGGAGAGAAACUGCAGAGGCAACUUACUGAUUAUUCAGUCAUCUUCAAUGAUACAGAGCUGACAACUGUCCACAGCAUUCUGAAGGAUCAAGGUUUGGGAAAUGGAGGUCUGGACCAAAUUUUUACCUUACUCAUUAUUUUAAAUGAGGAAAAUCGAAGAAUAGAAAUCACCAGUAUUCAAACUGCCUCACAAGUUGGUAUGCCACCUCUUCCAGUUGUGGAACCUGAAGUCAAGAUGAGUAGUGUGGAAAUCCAAGCUGUCUUUCCGUUAGUGGCUGCUGCUGAAGAACCUCCCAAGAAGCGAAGAAGGUCAUCAGGAUCCGCCACAGGAAAAGGCAACACUAAACCUGGUCAGCAGCUUGCCUCAGUAUCUCAACAAGUUCCUGUCAUCAGUUGCACUAAUUCUGAUAGCAAUGUCCAUGCACAGCAGAUUUCAGUCAUAAAGAAUGGUUUGGAAAAUUCUUCUGGUAAAGAUGAAGCAUCCUUAAUUGGAAUCACUCAAGCACAAGGUUCAUUCUCUCUAAAAGGUUUGGCAGGAAUUGGGUCAGAUCCCCCAACAUUGAUUCUGCAAACAUCAUCUCAGAACAGCCCAGGAGAAGAUAAAUCUUCAUCUGCAGAUGCUGUGAGCGGUGAAGAGGAAGAAAAAGCAAAGAGUAUUGAUGGAAAAACAUGUCCAGGCAACAGAUCAGGUAACAAUGGCCAGAUUCAGUUGUGGCAGUUCUUGUUGGAACUGCUGACGGACAGAGGCAGUCGGCACCUGAUCAUGUGGGUUGGAGAAAAUGGGGAGUUUAAACUGAAUGAUCCUGAGCAGGUGGCACAACAAUGGGGCAAGCGUAAAAACAAACCAGCCAUGAAUUAUGAGAAACUGAGCCGUGCCUUACGGUAUUACUACGAUGGAGACAUGAUUCAUAAGGUCCAUGGAAAGAGAUUUGUUUACAAGUUUGUGUGUGACCUGAAAAACCUGUUGGGCUAUAGUGCAGGAGAGCUGAGCAGACUUGUUUUGGAAGCUGAAGACGCAGCCAGUGACAUGGAGCCUGGGACAAAUGGGGGACAUUAGGUUGUUUAAAAAGCUAUCUAUAACAUUGUAAUGUACUUGUAUGCAUUAUAUCUGUAAAUAAGGAGUGAAAUGGUUUCCAUACAUUGUAAACAAUUAUAAGGAAACCUUUUUAAGAAAACAAUGUGUUAUACAGAAUGGUAAUUUUGGUUGUUGCAUUGACUCAGCUAUUCCUCAAUAGAAUUUAGAAGCAUAGUAUAAAUGCAUUCUUUUGAAAAUUUCCCAAUCUAGGGGCUUUUAUUGUCAUUGUUGCAUGUACCUGCUGUGGGUGAAUAGAUCCGAGAAUUGCGUUUCAAACGUUCUCUGAAGGGAAGAUCUCUUUUAAAUAGAUUUUUCACUGGU